CUCCAUUGCAUGCCUGAGACCUCCACUACCGCCGCUAUCAAUCCCCAGCCACCUCAGACCGGUACCGACGGUGCUCCGCGCCCGCGAAACAGGCGCAGAGGAGGUGCAAGCAAUCCCCAGCCAGACCACGGAGAAAACCCAUCUACCGCAGGAGGCCCCGACUCCGGCAGCAAUGCCAAGGGCGCUCGUAGGCCACGCAGGCCUCGCGCCCCAGCAGGAGCAACAGACGGACACUCAGGUGAGCCGUCCAUCACCCACCCAGAAGGCCGCGGUCCCCCGCGAGGACCGCCGGGUGGAAACAGAGGACGAGGAGGAAACAGAGGUGGUCCAGUAGAGAACGGUCCCUCUCUAGACGGUGGUUCUACCCAUUCUCGUCCACCUCGAGGACCUAGACGAGGCGGCGGCGGCCGUCCAACUAAUAAUGCGGAGGCGGGCAUCGAGGCGGGUCGCCCCCCAUCUGCGGCAGACGGUCAAUCCACACGAAACAAGAGGCCGCGCCGAAACCACGGCCGUAACUUCCAGGGCGAGCUCACAGAGGGCGCUGGCGAGGGCACCCGCCAAGACGCACGCUCGUCGGAGAAGUAUCGCAGCAACGCACCGGUGAAGGACGAUCUAACCUCACGUCUCACGUACGACUUGAGCACGCCGCCUUACCCUGACUGUCUGAUCUGUUUCGCGCCGAUAACGCCCGCGCAAGCAACCUGGUCGUGCUCUCCCUCGCACCCGACCAUGGUUGGGUCAGACGACGAACAUGGUGCGCCGGGGGGCGCACCGCGAGCCGAUAGCAGCGCGCAGUGUUGUUGGAUGACAUUCCAUCUGAAGUGUCUCCACGCGUGGGCCGCUAAAAGCGUCAAAGAUGUUGUGGAAGCAUGGCGAGCGAGAGGGGAGGUGAAGGAGGGCGAUUGGAGAUGCCCCGGCUGUCAGUCGAAACGCAAGGCCGUGCCGAGCAGUUACUGGUGUUUCUGUGGAUCUGCGCCGGAUCCCAAACCGCCGCGCCUGGCUACUCCACACUCCUGUGCCAAUCCAUGCUCACGGCCGCGCGCAUGCGGUCAUCCGUGUUCUCUCACCUGUCAUCCUGGGCCGUGCCCUCCCUGUCAAGUCACGACCCAGAUGCCAUGUUACUGCAGUAAACAGGUGCUCUCCUUCCGGUGCUCACACCUUGCACUAGGAAGGAGCGGCGUUCCAGCACUUGCUGAGCUAUCGUGCGGCCAGACGUGUGGACGUAUACUCAGUUGCGGCAACCAUACAUGUGCCGACCCUUGCCAUCCUGGAAGCUGCAAACCUUGUCCUGUAAAGGUUUCAGCACGCUGCUACUGUGGGAAGGACGAGAAGGAGUUAAGUUGCGGGGAGGGCGAAGAGAAGGAGUGUAGAGUCGUCCAGAAUGGGAACGAGGAUUCAUGGGUCGGGCGAUUUGCUUGCGAGAACACUUGCGAUAGACCUUUCGAUUGCGGCAUUCAUCAUUGCUCGAAGCCUUGCCACCCCCCAUCUCCCACUCCGGUUCCCUGUCCUCGCUCGCCUUCGAUCGUCACACACUGCCCUUGCGGCAAGCACGCCCUGACUCCCGACUCCAAACCCUUCUUCCCACCAAACACGCUCCUAACGCGUACCGCCUGCACCGACCCGGUGCCGACGUGCGCGUCGACGUGCAUGAAGCCCCUGGACGGCUGCGACCACGUCUGCUCUGUACGCUGUCACACCGGACCUUGCCCGCCUUGUUCCAUCAUGAUCGUUCGCCCGUGCCGCUGUGGCUCUACGACCCGCGAGGUGCGCUGCUUUGAGGAUGCAGCGCGUGCUCGGGCCCGAGCCCGCGGAGAGACAGGUCCCAACGUGGAGAUCACCUGCGAACGUCCCUGCGGUGCGCUCAGGGCGUGCGGACGGCACCAGUGCAACCGUCUGUGUUGUCCGCUCGCGUCACUCGCAGGCUUGACGAAGGGGAAGGGGAAGAAGCGAGCUGGGGCUGGGGGAGACGCGCUAGCCUUCGUUGACCAAGAGGGUUGGCAUGAGUGCGACCUCGUCUGUGGCAAGCUGCUCAGCUGCGGAAACCACCAUUGCGAGGAGCAGGAUCAUAAGGGCCCGUGCCCGCCCUGCUUAAGGAGCUCUUUUGAGGAGAUGAUCUGCAACUGUGGCCGCACUGUGCUAGAACCGCCAAUCCCAUGUGGAACCAGGAUCGCCUGCACUUAUCCCUGUCAUCGGGAUCGCCCUUGUGGCCACCCGCAGACUCACCAUGCAUGUCACGAAGACCCGGCACCGUGCCCGCCAUGUCCAUUCUUGACUACAAAGAAGUGCGCAUGCGGCAAGAAGACGGUCGACAACGUCCGUUGCUCGCAGGAGAAGGUGUCCUGCGGUACGGCUUGCGGAAAGCUUCUUGGCUGCGGUUUCCACCACUGCGAGCGGCUCUGCCACGGCGACUCCUGCGGUCCCUGCCACGCGCCGUGCGGAAAGCCCCGCAAACUAUGCAUGCCCGCCAUCCACCCGUGCACGCUCUCGUGCCACGCGCCCGCGUCAUGCGACGAGUCCGAACCAUGCCGCUCGAUCGUCACCAUCAGCUGCCCGUGCGGGCGCAUCCGGCAGUCCGUGCCCUGUGGGCGGUCGAUGACGAACCCCGCGCGCGAGGGCGGCCAGCAGCUGAAGUGCACGAACGAAUGCGGGAUCGCGAAGCGUAACGCACGGCUCGCGGAAGCGCUCGGCAUCAACCCCGAGCGCGCGGACAGCCGGCUGAACCAGGUGUCGUACAACGACGACCUCACCACGUUCGCGCGCGCGAACGCCAAGUUCUGCGCCAUCGUCGAGAAGAGCUUCGCCGACUUCCUCGCGUCGGACAAGAAGAGCCAGAUCCUGCCGCACAUGCCGGAGCAGAAGCGCAAGUUCGUGCACGACCUCGCGGGCGUGUACCGCCUGGACACGCAGAUGGUCGACCAGGAGCCGCACCGCAGCGUGCAGCUCCUGCGGCGCAUCGACUCGCGCCCGGUGCCUGCGCCUGCGCCGAGCUCGUGGGGCGGGACGCCUGCUAGGACUCCGACGCCUGCGCGGUCGUCGAACCCGUCACCAGUCCCAGGGCCUUCGCGGGUGGCCGCGGUGCCUGCGCCUGUCACGGUGGCUCCCGUGAACCCUGAAGACGUGCCUGACAACUGGGAAGAUGAAGUCUGAAGCCCGUGGAUAGUUCUUGGAGAACGUAAGAGGUGUAGAGUAGGUGUAUCAGCCUGAACCCGAACUAAACGUGUCCAUUGCAAUCGUCCGCGACGUAGAGCACGCAACGUCUCAAGCUGUAUCGUUACAACAAACACUUCAGAUU